GGGGCCGCGGGGGAGCGUUCGCACCGGCCAGCCGCUUCCGCGGCGCCGGAGCCGGACGGCUGCCCGGUGUGCGUGUGGCGGCAGCACAGCCGCGAGCUGCGCCUGGAGAGCAUCAAGUCGCAGAUCCUGAGCAAACUGCGGCUCAAGGAAGCGCCGAACAUCAGCCGCGAGGUGGUGAAGCAGCUGCUGCCCAAGGCGCCGCCGCUGCAGCAGAUCCUGGACCUGCAUGACUUCCAAGGCGACGCACUGCAGCCCGAGGACUUCCUGGAAGAGGACGAGUAUCACGCCACCACUGAGACGGUCAUUAGCAUGGCCCAGGAGACGGACCCUGCAGUGCAGACAGAUGGCAGCCCUCUCUGUUGCCAUUUCCACUUCAGCCCCAAGGUGAUGUUCACAAAGGUACUGAAGGCCCAGCUGUGGGUCUACCUUCGGCCUGUGCCCCGCCCAGCUACAGUCUACCUGCAGAUCUUGCGACUGAAACCCCUAACUGGGGAAGGGACCACAGGGGGAGGGGGUGGAGGCCGGCGUCACAUCCGUAUCCGUUCACUCAAGAUUGAGCUACACUCACGUUCCGGCCACUGGCAGAGCAUCGACUUCAAGCAAGUCCUACACAGCUGGUUCCGCCAGCCACAGAGCAACUGGGGCAUCGAGAUCAACGCCUUUGAUCCCAGUGGCACAGAUCUGGCUGUCACCUCCCUUGGGCCAGGAGCUGAGGGUCUGCAUCCUUUCAUGGAGCUUCGAGUCCUAGAGAACACAAAACGGUCCCGGCGGAACCUAGGCCUAGACUGCGAUGAGCACUCGAGUGAGUCCCGCUGCUGCCGAUAUCCCCUCACAGUGGACUUUGAGGCUUUUGGCUGGGACUGGAUCAUCGCACCUAAGCGCUACAAGGCCAACUACUGCUCCGGCCAGUGCGAGUACAUGUUCAUGCAAAAGUAUCCGCACACCCACUUGGUGCAACAGGCCAAUCCAAGAGGCUCUGCUGGGCCCUGCUGCACCCCUACCAAGAUGUCCCCAAUCAACAUGCUCUACUUCAAUGACAAGCAGCAGAUUAUCUACGGCAAGAUCCCUGGCAUGGUGGUGGAUCGCUGUGGCUGCUCCUAAGGUGGGGGACAGUGGAUGCCUCCCUCACAAACCCUAUCCCAAGAACCCCAGCCCUGGUCCCCAUCCCCUCAAGCCCUAGAGCUCCCUCCACCUCUUCCCAUGAACAUCACACCUUGUUCCCUGACCAAGUAGUGUGCAAUACAACAGAGGGAGGCAGGUGGGGAUGGAGAGGUGAGGGGUUGGGGGAAAGGAAGGGCAGUCAGGGUGGAAUGUAUCUGAGAUUUGCAGGUGAGAAGGUUUGGCAAGAAGACAGAGAUGUAGAGACAGGAAGAAGAUGGAAGGAUAGAGACAGACGAACAAACAGAGCAACACUGAGAAGGCAAAGGAAUAGAGAGACAGAAGAGAUAAGUGACUAGGCAAACACUGAGAAAGAGACUGAAAUGGAGUAAAGUGAAAGCCCCACCCCAAGCUUCCUUUUUCCAUCAGCAAGGUAAGAGGCUUGGUAGAGUUUGGGGAGUUCCCCUGACAACUCAGUAGGAGUAAAUCAAAAAUUCAUUCUUAGCUUCUUCCCUCUCUCCCUCCAACAGUAGCCAGAGGAAGUGGAAUGAGGCUGGGGCAAAGUAAGGAUUUGGGGAUUUUUUUUAAUUUAUUUAUUUAUUGUGAUUUUUUUCAUUUUUUGGUAUUUGGCUUUACUGGAAUACGAGGGAUCCUGCCCACUAUGCCUCCAUUUGUCCCUUAUUCCCCAAACCCUGCUCUUCCCUAAUACCCACCUACUUAAGCACUUGUAUUAAAGCCUCCAGGGUUGGGAAUGGGAGUAAAGGGCAAGAGGGCUGACACAUGAAGUUUCUAACCCAUAAUCACCCUAACCAACCUCCUUGAGCCAAACAGGUUGAACUGAGUGGUCAUGGAAACAGUAAGAAGUUAGGACUUAAGAGCUGGGGGAGGGGAGCCCUCAACAUCCAGAAUCUGUGAGAGCCACUAACCUACCCCUCAGGCCCACCUUCAUAUUACUCAGCCAGAGGGUACAGCCUGCUUAUGCCCAAAUUCCCCUCAGCCAAGAGACCAAAGAGCCUGUGGAAUGCCUCUGCUCUCAGCCUCUAUCUUCAGGUCAAUAAAAAGUAGAAAUCCCAGAGUUCCCCAGGUCUGGGAAGGGUUAAGGGUCAAGAAAAUAGUGAAGAGGCUGAAGGUUCAGAGCAUUUGAACCCAAAUCACUGCUCUGGGCUAGGGAAUACAGCCAGCAGACCAAGGUGGAAGGGAUUCUGAAGGGGGGACAUUUUAGUCCCCCUACCCCAAAGCUCAGGGUGGAAGAAAGGAGAACAAGGGAGCAGAGUAUCUAUAAUCUUUAUCUUUUAUUUUUGGAAUAUAGCAGUACCUGGCAACAGGAAGGGGACAGUACAAUAGGGAAAGGCAUAUGACAAGGCCAGUUAUAACAGAGGAUGGGAAGGGUGGAGACUCUAGUUUGGAAGGCUAGGAAGCAGGAAGAGACUAGUUGCCACUUCAAGUUACUAGCUGGGCCCAUUCAUGCCUCCCACAAUCCUGACCCACCCUCCUCUGGACUCAUUGUGCCUCAAUUUCUUCCCCUUGAUGGAAUGAGAAACAGCAGCACCCGCCACAGCCAAGAGAUGAAUUCUGAGCACUUACCACGGGCACUUUAUGGACGUAAAAUACCUCUCGCUGUGGGACUAGAUAACCAGGGCACCAGAAUAAUGGCGAAGAGAUGCGAGGCUUAAUGGACAGGCUUCAGAAUACAAGUUCCCCUCUGCCUCCCAGCUGGACAGUGCCUGAAGCCAAGGAGUUGAGAAUCCCCACACCCCAUCCAUACCUCACCAGUGACCUCUUGGCUCUAGACCAGAGUCUGGGGGGUGGGGAAGGCUACAGCAAAAUGGUCACUGGCAGAGACAGUAGUUAUGGUCUGGUAGAAACAGGACUGAAGUAAAGCCUGACAAGGAAGGCUUGUUCUUCCUGAGAGCAUGUCUCUCUCACUUGGACCAAACUAUAGAAGUGACAAAGGUACGUGACUAUCCUUAGCAUCUUAUUCCUAUUCUCAUAGUGAGAAAAUGAGAUAAGGUGUUUCCAUAGGCAGGGGCUGUUAAGCCUUUCAACUCACGUCCCAUGUAGCAGCUGUUAGCUCAAGCCUCUUCUCUGGUCCUGUUCAUCCUUCUUUCUACCCCUGUCUUAAAGAAUAAGACACAUUUAACCAUCAACAUCCAUCAUAUUUCCUUGAUGGAAGAGAGGAACAGAAAAGCAGAGUGAAGAUGCUAUCUUCCAAGGUCAAAUGCCUCUUGAUCUUGGAAAAGGUAGGGGUUGGGCAAUUAGGCAUCAGGUUACUUCUCUCUAGAGAGCUGGGGCAUUAAACUUGGAGGACACUUCAAAUACUGCCCCUUUAUUACCACCAAGUAAAUACCUUUCCAAGGGGGAGGAGUUCUUAUGAAUACAAAUCUGAGUUAAGUCUCAGUCCCCUGACCUUCUCUAUCCUGUAAGAGGUGUGAGAAUAAAGGGGUUUGAGGACAUGACCUAGCAAUUCAGCGGGAGCCAGCCCCUCUUCCCACACCUUACUUGUGGGCCUGGCCAGUGCUCCUCUGAACAUAUCAUUAUUAGUGUAUUUCAUUACUUUGUGUAUUUGUUACAUCAUGUGUGUGAUUGCCUUUGUAAAGGGUGUUUGAGGAGUACGGGGUUGACAGGGGCACUGGAAUGCCAGGAAAGGACUGCUUUGCUGAAAUCAAAGCUUCCUGGAAGGAACCACUGCAAAAAAGGCCAUCAGACAGUUUUCAAGUUAUGUGACAGAGGGCAAAGAUGGCCAUAGGGUGCUCUAGUUUUGGGAUAGUCACAUGACACAAUCCAGCACUUGAACCUGAAAAAAGAAAAAUAAAAGCAGUCAAAGAGUUUAGAAUUCA